GGGACCCUGUAGCAAAGCCUGAUCUGGGAGGAGCCAUUAUCCCAGACAGGGAUAUCUAAGGAUACCAGGAGCUUUGAGGUGGCCCUUGAAGGAUCCAGGGUGACGUGAAAAGUAGGAUUUUAUAUAUUUUUUUCCUAAUCAAUGCCUUGUCCGGAAUGGCUGGAUCCCGGCACGGAGGAGAGAGGCUGGUGGGAAGAGGAGAAGAAGGGAGAUGGAGUCAAAUGGGUGCAGCUGGAGCACCGAGGGCCCUACUUUGUGCCCCUCUACGAGCCCCUGCCCGAGGAUGUGCAGUUUUAUUAUGAUGGAAAACCCUUCAAGCUGAGCCUGGCCACGGAGGAAAUCGCCACAUUUUAUGCCAAAAUGUUGGAUCAUGAGUACACCACCAAGGAGGUCUUCCAGAACAACUUCUUCCAUGACUGGAGGAAGGAAAUGACCUCAGAGGAGCAAGAGAUAAUCAAGGACCUGGAAAAAUGUGACUUCAGGGAGAUCCACAAAUAUUUUGUGGACAAAAAUGAGGCCCGGAAGGCGCUCCCCAAGGAGGAGAAGCAGAAGCUGAAGGAGGAGGCGGAUAAGAUCCAGGAGGAAUAUGGAUACUGCAUCCUGGAUGGGCACCGGGAGAAGAUUGGCAACUUCAAAACAGAACCUCCAGGGCUCUUCCGUGGCCGUGGGGAGCACCCCAAAAUGGGGAUGCUGAAGAAGAGGAUCAUGCCCGAAGAUGUCAUCAUCAACUGCAGCAGGGAUUCCAAGAUUCCUGAGCCCCCGGAAGGUCACAGGUGGAAGGAGGUGCGCUUUGACAACACGGUCACCUGGCUGGCUUCGUGGACAGAGAACAUCCAGAACACCUUGAAGUACAUCAUGCUGAAUCCCAGCUCCAAGCUGAAGGGGGAGAAGGACUGGCAGAAAUACGAGGUGGCUCGGCGCCUGAAGGAUGUUGUCCACACAAUCCGGGCUCAAUACAGAAGAGACUGGAAGUCCAAGGAGAUAAAGAAAAGGCAAAGAGCAGUGGCCCUCUACUUCAUUGAUAAGCUGGCCCUGCGAGCUGGGAACGAGAAGGAGGAAGGGGAGACGGCGGACACAGUUGGCUGCUGCUCCCUGCGCGUGGAGCACAUCCAGCUGCACCCCCAGCUGGAUGGGCAGGAGCACGUGGUAGAGUUCGACUUCCUUGGGAAAGACUCCAUCCGUUACUACAACAAAGUGUCCGUGGAAAAGCAGGUGUUCAAGAACCUGCAGCUGUUCAUGAAGAACAAGGACCCCAGCGAUGACCUCUUUGACCAGCUCUCUACAAACUUCCUGAACAAACACCUCCAGCACCUCAUGGAUGGUUUGACGGCCAAAGUCUUCAGGACCUACAACGCUUCCAUCACCCUGCAGGAGCAGCUCAAGGCCCUCACCAAUGCUGAAGACAACGUUGCAGGAAAACUCCUGUCCUACAACCGGGCCAACCGAGCCGUGGCCAUCCUGUGCAACCAUCAGAGGUCCGUACCAAAGACCUUUGCCAGAUCCAUGCAAGUCCUCCAGGAAAAGAUCGAUGCCAAGAAGAAACAAGUGGAGGAAGCCCAGGAAGAACUGAAAAAAGCUGAAGAUGAGUUUAAAGACAAAAAGGAUGCCAAAGCAGAAGACAAUGUGGAGAAGAAGAAGAAGCUGUUGAAGAGGCUGGAGGAGCAAUUGGCCAAGCUGAACAUCCAGGCCACGGACAAGGAGGAGAACAAGCAAAUAGCUCUGGGCACAUCCAAGCUGAAUUACCUGGACCCCAGGAUUAGCGUGGCUUGCAAAUGCCCUGUACUGCUACACCUGCAACUGGGAACAAAGCAACUGGAGCUGCCUGAAGGCCGAGAAGUGCUCGGAGAAGGACGAGUACUGCGUCACCAACGUGGCCUCCGUAGGAAUCGGCGUUUUGUCCCUGUGGAAGAGGAUCACCAAGAAGUGCUCCAGCACCUGCCCACACCACAACUUCCUCCUGGGCCUGGUCACCUACACCUCCUACUGCUGCCAAAGCUUCCUGUGCAACCUGAGUGCGUGCCCGGGGCCCCGGCUGGCUCGCCCGUGAGGUGCUGGGGGUCCCGUUCCGUGCCCUUCUUCAGCUUCCUGAUGGAAGGAAAUGGACCCUGAAGGACUGAAGAGCUUGGCCAGAUUCCCCCAGGAGGGUGUGGACAUCAGACACGAGGAAUAGAUAAAGCAUUGUUGUCACCGUCUUGUCCUGUGGUGUCUCCCAACCUCCUUCUCACUUCCUUCUCAACCCUGAGCUCUCUGGCUCCAGCAUCCCCACCAGAGCUCUGAGUGCCACCUCCAGGCGUUCCUUGGAUGUCUCCAGGGAUGGGGACUGCAGCAGCUCCCUGGGCAGCCCCUUCCAAUGCCUGACCACGCUUUCUGCGAAGAAAUUCUUCCUGAUGUCCAGCCUGAACCUUCCCUGGUACCUCUUGAGGGCGUUUCCUCUCAUCCUGUCCUUCGUUCCCUGGAGCAGAGCCUGACCCACCCCUAGCUGCCCCCUCUUUUCAGGGAGUUCUGCAGGGCCAAAAGGUCCCCCCUGGCCUCCUUUUCUCCAGGCUGAGCCCCUUUCCCAGCUCCCUCAGCCCCUCCUGGUGCUCCAGACCCUUCUCCAGCUCCAUUCCUUUCUCUGGACACCAUCCAGCCCCUCGAUGUCUGUCUUGUCGUGCUCUGUUCUGCAGCUUUGGGAGGGACAUGCUCCUUUUGCACUUCCUGCAUCUCCAGAGGGGUUUCUCCUGGAAUUUAAUCCUAUUUUGGGUUCAGUUGGAGCCACAGAGUGGAAAAUCCUGGGCAAAAAUAACAACCCCUCUUAUCCGCACAUCUGUCCCCGCCUCCACUUCCAUCAUCCAUGGGAAUCCCAUCCUUCACAUUGCUUUGCUGUUGUUGGAGCCACACCACCUCACCCAGGGCCAGCAGCUCCCUGGAUUCACAAUUCCACUUGGAAUUGUGUCUUCCAGCAAUCCAUUAAUUCACCUUUUCCUCAGACAUCCUCCAAAGCAGGGUAAUCAUGGAAUAUCCUGAGUUGGAAGGGAUCCACAAAGGUCAUCAAAGUCCAGCUCCUGGUCCUGCAGGGGACAACCCCAACAAUCCCACCUUGAGAGCUUUUUCCAAGAGCUUCUGGAAUUCUGUCAGGCUUGGUGCUCUGACCACUUCCCUGGGGAGUUCCAGUGCUCCAAGACCCUCUGGAUGAAGAACCUUCUCCUAAAAUCCAGCCAAACCUUCCCAGACUCAUCUCCAGUUGUUC